AUUUUCCCAUCGUGGUUAAAAUUUUACUCCGAAGCGGACCCAUUAUGACAGUUAUGACAGAUUGGUAGUUAUUCGGAACGAAAUGGAUUUGGCGCCAAUUUUCUCGCGAACAAAGUUCAAGUCAAAUCUAACCAUGCUCCGGAGCAGGGUUAUUUUUAACCACGGCGAAAUAACCAUCGAACUGUCAAAUUUUAACUAAAAGUUAAACAUGGAAUGGUUCACAGCCUUCCACUUAUUCUGAAUGAUGCUCUUGUUAUUAUGUUGGCAUCGUCGGACCGACCUCGGCACUCGAACCGCAAACCUGCUGAAGAAAGAAGAAGGAAGUGCUUCGGGUAUGUAGGGCGCCCCCUACGAUAGCCGCCGGUAGUCGGGGCACCAUCAAUGCGGAAGUUUCCUUCACUGGAACUGGUGGAUCACCUCGCCGCCGGGGGAAGUCAGGAGGAUUCGAGUGAGGAAGUUUGUGGAACAACCGCCGAUGGAUCGAGACAACGUAGCAGUGGAUCUCAGCAAGCCAGUCGGCGAACUAGCCUAAACUAGGGGCCGGAAUUUUAGAAGAAGUGCAUGAGCACAGCACUCCCCCGAAGUAGUCGCAGGAUCGAGGCAAGGAGAAUAAGGGACCUGGUUUAUCCGGGAGGCACAUUUUAGCUUAAUCCCUUGUAAAAAAAACACACACACAGACACACGCACACUACAAACGAACUGACAGCCAUUUGUUCAGCUGAGUCGAUUGGUAUAUUACAUUAUGGGUCUCCGAGCCUUCUAUCAAAAGUUCUUUCUUGGAGUGAAAUGAUAGCCUUUCGGUACAACUUUAUUGUACGAGAAAGGCAAAACACAUGCUUCUACUCCUCUGCUAACUUCCGAAUGGAUCCGAUCCGAACUGGAGCUUUUGGCUCGAAUACGGGUCAGUAAGUGGAUUGAUCUUUUUUUUGUCACUUUGCAUCGCUAUCAAUUACGCUGCUCUUACCGAAUGAGUUUACGGAAAAUUUGGUCAAAUUACAGCGGUCAAAGUGACAGCUGAGCCAGAGAAAUAUCACUUUUACCUUAAACGGAAUAAUGGUACGGAAUAGUUUUCCCUAAAGAGGCUGCACUCAUAACAAAGAGAAGUGUCAAAAUUGGAACAGCGCAUUUGCUGUCAAAUCAGUUGUUCCAAUCGAGCACAAGGUUGUUAUAGGUAGGAGUAUUGCGUCUCUUUGUUUUUCCAGACUCGUUAGUUUUCCCCAAGGAAAAGUGACAGCUCCAUUUACUUUACACAGCAGGCGUUAUGAGCGUUACGAUAUUAUCUGUACUUUUCAGCUCCGUACUGCUCACGGAAUUUCAGUAGCGGAAUCAUUACGUAACCAUUCCGUGUCCUAUCUAUUUGUACAGAACUUAUCUGCAGCGCACUAGCCUUCAACGACGAUUGCUCAUAGUACCAUCGGACAUCGAAGCAUGAGCAUGCUACUACUCGUUGUGCUUAUAUUAACUGGUUGUCUGCCGUACGCUGAGCUGUUACUUAGCUCGGGAGCGGAGGAAAACUGUCGGAAGAACAUCACGGAAAUCAGUCCUAGUUUGAGUCUUCUCGAAGAUAUACCGUCAGAUGCAACUCUUAUCCAGUUUUGUGAAAACAAUAUCACGAACAUUGAUAAACAUUCGUUCAAGAAGUUCACCGAGUUGGAGCGGUUGAAUUUAGAUAAAAAUCCGCAUUUGAAAUUUCCUUCCGAUGGCACAACAUUUAUUCAACAAGAAACUCUGAUCGAUUUCCAGUGCUUCCAAUGCGGAUUAGAAAAAAUCUUCAAUCAAUCGUUAGUUGGAAUGCCACGGUUGGAGCAUUUAUAUCUUACAGAGAAUAAGAUUGAUCAAAUCGAAAGCAAUGCUUUCCAGCAAAACCGCAACUUAAGAGUGAUCAUUUUACGUUCGAAUUUGUUAAAACGCGUUCCAAGGGAAAUGCUUCUAAAUGUUAAUGAAAUUCAAACGGUGGAUUUAAGCCACAACGAAAAGCUCGCAACUGAGGACGACCAGCCAUUCUUAAAUAGUGAUGCCCUGCAAGUAUUAUUAUGUGAUGGAUGCGGUUUCGAAAUCGUGCAUGAAAAAACUUUUUCUGGACUACUCAAUCUAAGCCAUCUUUACUUGCGAAAGAACAGAAUCGCUGAAGUGCAUGCUCGUGCAUUUUUCCACAUGUCACUACGACCAAAAUUAAAACAGAACCUUCUGGUUUCACUAGAAUUCAACCAACUUCAACGCAUCGAUUCUGAAGUGAAAAUUGGUCUACAACUAUGUCUGUAUGGUAACAAAGACUUGGAGUGCUUCCUCAGAACACUAUCCGAUAAAGAUAGUUUUGUCUGUCCCAAUUCGACUCAACCGGAAAUCGAAUGUAUUCCACCGACGACCACCACGGGUGGUCCAACAACUGGCAAAUUCAACACUUUAUCAUCAUCACCGUUUGCCGAUACUACCAACAAAGCUGGCAGCAAUAAAUCAAGGCAGAUUAUAAAUGCCUCUAUCACUAAACAUCAGCCUAGUAAUGCAGUGAAACCCAACGAGCUUCCAGUACAAAUUUUGGCCAUUUUCGAGGCUCACAUCAGUGGUUACCUCAGACUGUUAUCUGCAGCGCAAAUCGUCGCUUUGGUUCUAUUGUUCGUAGUUUGGCUCAAGUUGAAAAAGUUGAAUCUUGAGAUUGACAGAUAUGCAGAGAGAAUAGACCUAUGCAGAAGAUCACCAAAUUCACUCAUCCAAAGGAUUUUAACCAAGCGGGACGUUCACUCGAACAAUAGUUCAUUCAACGUCCAUUAUACUAUCCCCUCAAAUGUCAGAAUUGAUUAAGGGAUUUUUUUUUGCGUUCGUUGGAUCAUUUUCGGUAAGUAGGCCUUGGACGUUUCUUUUUCUGCGCUCUAUGGGAAGAUCCAUUAAUUACGUAACGCAAAAAUUGGACUUUUCAACCCGCCCUCCCCGCACACACACUUUUUAUAUGAAGCUUCUGAAAAAAUGUAUGGAUCGUCACACUUCACUCCCCCCCUCCCCCUCUGAGCGUUACGUAAUUUGUGGACGUUCCCUAAUGUAAAUUUUCUUAUUUUUAGGUUUUGAAGAAACAUUUAUCGACGAAGUUUUUUUGAGGUUUUUUGAAAUAUCGUUUCUCGAUGAUCAUUUAAGUUCCUUGUCGUUCGCUUUCAUUCAAGUUAUUUGGUUGAAUUUCCCAGAGAAGCAUUUAGUAUGAUAAAUUACUUAUAAUCUAAUUUAGGUUCAGUAGUUUUCGUGGAGAAUCACGAGUUGCAUUUGCUACUGAGAGAACCAUCCAUCGUUCACACCGCGAAAAUCGGACGACUGCGGUGGGCCGGGCACGUAGCCAGAAUGUCGGACAGUAACCCGGUGAAAAUGGUUCUCGACAACGAUCCGACGGGCACAAGAAGGCGAAGUGCGCAGCGGUCAAGGUGGAUCGAUAAGAUGGAAGAUGACUAGCGGACCCUCCAUAUACUGUGUGGUUACACAGAAAGAAAAAUCAUUAAUGAAAUCAAAAAAACUAUAGACACUAUAGGUUCCAUAGACGAGCUGAGGCGAAGGCGAGUGUAGCCAAACGAACUGUCAGUUAGUGUAGCCAAACGAGCAUGACGUCACGAUUGCAAUCCAUGCAACGGAGCGUGUGACGUCAAAUUCGCGUGGUACACUGUGAAAAAGUGGAAAAACACACUUAAUCGAAAUGACCCAACCGUGCCUGCGCUCGUCUAUGGAACCUAUAGUGUCUAUAAAAAAAACCAUUGGAUAAAAUAAAAAGUUUCAUUGGUUCUUUUUCGUAGAGAGUUGCGAAUGUUUAAAAUAAAAGUACGCAAACUUUUGUUACCCCCAUUGUUCAAAAGUUGCAUAGCACUCUGAAAUUAAAAGUAUGAACUUUUAAAUUAACUUUGUAGAACUAUCUAAUCAAGAAGAUCGAAACUAAAUAUAG